AAGCCCGUCCAACUUGUCCAUAGGCAUCCGUAAUCGGAAAAUAGGAGGAAUAAGGAAGAGAUCGGUGAUUCCAUUCCAAGGAAAAGAAGAUGAAAUGCAAUAACGGGAAAAGUAAUUGGAGCUUCAGAUCGAAGCUAGGCUUGCCAGUAUUUAUCUUCAUUUUAUGCCUUUUUUGUUUCCUCGCUGGAUUCUUCGGUUCUUCUCUUCUCUCUCAGGAUGUAGAUGACGAUAGGCCGGGACCGAGGUUGCUUCAAUCGGUCAGCGAUCAUAGCGAGUUCGAUUUGAUGACCUCGGGAGAAACCGGCGACGAUUCCAUUUCUUCGAUUCCAUUUCAGCUCUUGAGCUGGCGACCUCGCGCACUUCAUUUUCCGAAGUUUGCAACCGCUGAGCAAUGCCAAAGCAUAGUUAAUAUGGCGAGACCGGCGCUUAAGCCAUCUGCCUUGGCUCUACGUAAGGGAGAAACGGAUGAGAGUACGAAAGGAGCCCGAACAAGUUCUGGUGUUUUCAUUAGCGCUUCCGAAGAUGAAAGUGGGACUUUGGAUGCCAUUGAGGAAAAAAUUGCAAGGGCAACUAUGCUUCCAAGGUCGCAUGGAGAGGCAUUUAAUGUCUUGCGUUAUGAGAUUGGGCAGAAGUAUAAUGCUCAUUAUGAUGCUUUCAAUCCUUCUGAAUACGGGCCACAGAGGAGCCAAAGGGUAGCUUCCUUCUUGUUGUACUUGACUGAUGUUGAAGAAGGUGGAGAAACCAUGUUUCCAUUUCAGAACGGCUUAAAUAUGGAUGGAACCUAUAAGUACCAAAGAUGUAUUGGUUUGAAAGUGAAGCCACGCCAAGGUGAUGGACUUCUGUUUUAUUCUGUUUUCCCAAAUGGUACUAUCGAUCCGACAUCACUUCAUGGAAGCUGUCCUGUGAUCAAAGGGCAGAAAUGGGUGGCUACGAAAUGGAUCAGAGAUCAGAUAGAGGACUAUUGAGCGUUAUUAUUUACUACACACGAUGCGUAGUUCGAAAAUCUCGACCUCAUCGUUUACUCUAUGAUAAAAUGAGUUCUAACAUUAUUAACAUUUGAUCCCUCCCUCCCCUGUCCCCGACCAAAUAGCAUAAAAGGUUUGUCUUCGAUCUUUGUGUUUCUUUCCU